GCUGAUACUCACCGGCAUCCUCGAUCGUCGUGCCACAAUGGGCAGCGUGCCAGCGAGUCCGUGACGGCUCCGACUGUUGUUGUCAGGCGCCCCACGUCAGCGAAGCUCUCUGUCCAAUUCCCUCGGGCUUGCAGCUGGCGAGCAGGGCAUGGAAUGCGAAGACGUUCCCCGCGUUCUCAGCUGCUGUCUUCAGAGGAUUUUCCGAGUCGCGUUCUAGCUACCUGUCUAUAUGUGGCGCGGUGUUCUUCCGCGAGUACUAACAUAAGAACAACAUAUGCCGGAAGAUACUCUGCUCUAGACGGCGGCAACUCUUCGGAGCCCAGCAACACGGUGACGCAGCGCACGCCCAGCUCACAUGACGACACGGGCAGCCCGCCACCACGCACAGACAUGGAUCUCCGACCGCCUUCUGCGCGAGAUCCACGGCGCCCUGCGAGCCUCAGGCUCCUGCGUUCUGCUCGGCUCGCAGGAUGGACACCGGGGUGCCACGGCGCGCGCUCCGGCUGGCCGUCCCUGGGCACAUGCGCCGUCCCCCUCCUCGAGCUCCCUGCGAGGCAUCACUCAAAUUCAUCAGCCAAGGUUCGACGUCGCCGUGUGGUGGCCGACGUUCUGGAAUGCAGAUGCAGCCCGAUUUGGGAGUGGGCGGCCGGGAGAUGGUGGCGAGAUUGUGCACGUCGAGGGGCCCACCGCGCGAUUCGGGCCAGGGUGUCCUGGGCGGCAGACCAUCGUCAUUGGACAUGCACGUUCGACCCUGGUCACGCUUGUCUCGCGCAGGCACCGCUGCGCAGAACGCGCCGGGUCAGUACGGCCAGAACGACUGGUCCUCGAAUCGUGACCGUGGCGCGUGGUGGAACGUGAGAGGCUGUGGAAACCCAUCCUCGUACUCGAGAUCGGUACCCGGCGCGUCGAGCUCUCCUAGGGAACCAAUAUUGAUGUAGGCCUGAGGCGUACUAGUCUUGGC